AUGUUCGCUCUAGUCCGCUUCCUGGAGGAUAACGUCUGUGACACGCUGCCCGCCGCCCGCGUCCGGGGCUUCCAGCCCAGCUCUCCGGAGGACUUCGAUGACAGGAAAGUGUACGCCGUGUACCGGAGCCCCGAGGAGGAGGAGGAGGAGGCCGGAGCGCAGCCGGCGCAUAUCCUGGCCCUGGCAGAAAACAAAACUGAUCUGGAAAAGUGCGUACUGCAGAGGAAAAUCAAAAUCCCCAAGCUGUGUCUGAACUCAACAGAAGGGUCUUGGGAGUUUAAAGAGUAUGAAGAAGAUGAGGACAGUGAGCGCCGGCAUAGCAAGAGACCAGAUGGACGGAAACAUGUGGAAGGAACCCGCAAGAGCAUUGAAGCCGUUGUGGCCCGUCUUGAGAAACAGAAUGGAGUUGGACAGAGUCACAACUCUAGCUGUGAUGAGACAUUCAUGGACCCUUGUCAUAUGACAGCACACAUGGACAGAUUGGAUGAAGCUCUGGUCCCUCGAGUCCUGUAUGAGGAAUUGCUGAGGAGUUACCAGCAGCAGCAAGUGGAAAUGAGACAUAUACAGCAUGAGCUGGAAAGGACUCGGAGGCAGCUGGUUCAGCAGGCUAAAAAGCUGAAAGAUUACGGGACAUUAGUGACGGAGGUAAAGGAACUUCGGGUUCUGAACAGGAGACUCCAGGAUGUGCUACUUCUUAGACUUGGCAGUGGUAAGUCACUGAACUAA